UGGCUGAUGUUGAGAUGCAUGCUGGGUAAUCUUCAAACAUGGCUGCCAUCUUGAGAAACGUGAGGAGUGUAAGCAGCAUUGCUGCUGUCUCGUUACGUACAACUCUGCCAAGAGUCAGUGCGAUUGCACUCCUUCAUAGUACACAGUCAAGAUGCAUGCAUACCCCAUCUCUUCUAUCCAAUGUCACACUCACAAAGGUUGGCGUGAAUGUUACCAACUUCUCAACUGCCACCACUAUCACCUCAGUGGAAGAGAUCCAGCAGAGAGUCCUCAAUGUCCUCAAGCUUUAUGACAAAAUCAAUGCAGAAAAGCUCUCCUUGGAAAGCCACUUCAUGAAUGACUUGGGGCUGGAUAGUUUAGACCAAGUGGAGAUAAUCAUGGCCAUGGAAGAUGAAUUUGGAUUCGAGAUCCCUGAUGCCGAUUCUGAGCGUCUGAUGCGGCCAAGAGACAUUGUACAAUAUAUAGCAGACAAAGAGGAUAUUUUUGAUUAGAGAAAAUGAGAGGAAUUAUGUUUUAGUGCUAACCCAAAGGAAGAUGUUUGCAGCUCUUUGAGGACAGCUAUACAAAUAUGUCCUCUCUUCACUAGAAUGGUGUGACGAUCUGUGUAUUAUUACUUGUACAUGUUUGCUUGGAAUAAAUCAUGUUGUAUGAAAUCA